AAUUUUAUAUUAAUGUGCACUCAUUUGUUUAGCUUAAAAUGAGUUUAAAUUUAAUUUAUAGAUUAUUGUCGACUAAAUUGUUUGUAUUAAAUUUAAUAAUAUUUGUCAAUCUAUGCAAAUGUCAAAACAUCACAACAACAUCACUAAGAAGUCAAAAUCAGAGACAUGUCUUUUAUGGCAAUCCAUACAAUUAUGGCCAAAGAGUUUCGGGAUGCGAUACAACGGUAACCAAAAUGGAGGGCUGGAUAUAUUCACCUAACUUUCCCUCUAAUUAUGAUAAUUAUCUUCAAUGUAUUUAUAAAAUUAUAAAAUACAGUGACGAUGUCUGCAGUAUUGAUCUGACAUUAAGUGAGUUCGAUGUCGAGGACACACCUGACUGCUCGGCUGACUACUUGGAUAUGGGAAAUGGUAGCACACGUAUGUGUGGCACAUACAUGACAGGCACUAAAAAAAUUUUAACUUUUGGUUCAAAUAAUAACGAAAUUAAGUUCACAUUUGUCACAAACCGAGAUAUUACUCGAAAAGGAUUUAUUGGCAAAAUUAGACAAAUGAGGAACAGUUGUCCACAUUAUCUAAUGAAUAAAACUACACAACCGAUUGUGCCAUACGUACCAAACGUAAUGCAUGUGUCAGAGUCAGUACCACAAGUAAUUCAUAGACAACCUGUUUAUUUGGGCUCUUAUUGUGAUAUCUACAUCGGGGAAGUCAUCGGUGAUCUUCGGUCUCCGGGAUUUCCUUAUGGAUAUCACAGCAAUCAAAGCUGUACUUACUCUAUAAGAAGGGCCGCCUCUGAUAUAUGUAAAGUUGAGCUAAUCUUCAAUCAGUUUGACAUCAAUGCUGGUGAUAGUCGCUGUGAUUCAGAUUACUUUGAAUUGCCAGAUAGGAACCGACUCUGUGGUAAAGUGCCGGUUCAGCAUAGGGUCUAUCCGUUUUCAUCGUCAAGUAAUUUCCAAAUAUUGAAGUUUGUAUCGGACAAUCAGCCCGAUAAAUACGUAACCGGUUUCUGGAUAGAAGUCAAACAAUUGAGAAACUCAUGCGAUCAGAAAACUUCGCAAAAUGUUAUCAAAUGUGACCAAACAAUCAGUGGCCAAAUAACGACUAUUCAUUCGUUAAAUUACCCGCAAUUCUAUGGUCCGUCACAACAGUGCGUCUAUUUGGUUGAACCAAUGGAUCAAAAUACCUGUGACUAUGAGAUAGAAUUACUUAAUUUUAAUAUCGAGUCGUCGAGAGAUUAUUUGGGGAACUGUCGCAAGGAUUUCCUUCAAUUCCCUGACGGCACCAGAAUUUGUGGCUUCUCUUCAACUAAAAGAACUUUUCGUUUUCCUAAAUUCCGGGACAGAAUUGGUAUGUUUUAUUUCAACAGCGAUGACAAUCAUGAGGAAAGGGGUUACGAGAUUAGAGUCAAUCAAAUAAUUAAUUCCUGUUCCCAUAAUUAUGACUAUGGCUUUACAAUAAAACCUCCAUAUAUGUCAUCUACUUCCGCACCAUACCUGACCACACAAUCACCUUACGCUUAUCCAAACACAUAUGCGGACAACAAUACAUUUUAUAAUUGCAAUAAAAUGAUAAAUUCUGAGAUAGAGGUAAUAUCGAGUCCCAAUUAUCCGCAAAAUUAUCCGACAGUUACCCGAUGUAUCUAUACAUUCGUCAAAUCAUCAUAUGUUUGUCAGAUGAAAAUAAAAAUAUUAGAUAUGGAUAUAGAAAACAGUAAAGACUGUCAUCACGAUUAUCUCCUCAUUGAGUCAUCGGGAGAAAGAUUUUGUGGACAAUUCUUUAAACCAGAAGAUAAAAUUAUAAAUUAUCCCAAGUAUUCAAGUGAAUUGAGACUUAUAUUCAACUCGGAUCGACAGCUAACUGGUCCAGGAUUUCAAUUAAGAGCCGAACAAAUCCCCAACUCAUGUACACAACCAGUAGUUGACAAGACUCCCGGUGUAUCCACCAUUAAUGAAGUGCCUAUCGAUCCAAUGGUCUUCCAGAGACGGAUCAGUAGACCCUUACCGGAUACAUCAAUAAAUAUGAUUACACCGUCACCGCAAAUCUGUUCCUCUUCAGCGGCCUAUGUGUCCACAUUUCAAAGUGACAAUUAUCCAAACGCUUACAAUCCAUUUACUAAUUGUGUUUAUAAGAUAUUCCGUUCCAGUCGUCGUGUGUGUCGUUUGGAGAUCAUAUUUGAUGACUUCGACGUUGGUAUUGAAGAUGUUAAUCACAAGAGUUGUGGCAAUGGUUAUGUAGAGAUCGAUAAUGUUAAAUAUUGUGGUCGUCGUAAAGGAGGACAAGUGAUUGUUGAAUUUGGUUCCGAUAAACAAGAAUAUAAUAUCAGAUUUCAUACGGAAUCAUCUGUACGUUACGGAGGCUUUCGAAUACAAGUGAGACAAAUAGAUGACAACUGUCCGCACAAUCACAUGCAACAAGAGUUUAUGCCCGGCUCUACCGAGUCGUGCGGUAAAAUGCAAUUCAGCGAAAGGUCACUACAAAUAUUGAGUCCACACUACGAGACCGGCAGUUAUCAGCCAUUCCUAGACUGUCAAUACUUGGUCCGCAAAUCAACAUCAAACAUAUGUGCACUUGAAGUCAAAUUUGAUGCUUUUUCUUUGGAAGAAUCCGCUAAUUGCUAUAAAGAUUAUCUUCAAAUUGGUUCCACCAAAUUAUGCGGCAAAUUGCCGUAUGCGGCAACCAAAACUUAUGAAUUCAAAGACGAGGAAAUUCCUAUCAAAUUUCAUACCGAUUCCAAUGUAAGCGAUGCUGGCUUUGUAAUUAUGGUCAAACAGGUUCAGUGUUAGUCAUUUAAGAAACUAUUUAUGAAAUAAAACACUAAUUUCAAAAUUGAAUCAAAUAUUUAUUAAAUUAAACUUUUAAUUAUAAUGUAAAAUGAUUUCAAUUUUAUUAAAAACAUUUUAUAA